GCAACUGAAACACAUGUACUGUGAACUGACCCUACAGCAAAAUGAUUGUGUAGCAAUGCAAAGCAAAAGGUACAUAAAUGCUGUUGAGCAGGGGCGGACUGACAACUCAUGGGGCCCCCGGGCAAUAGGGGAUCAUGGGGCCCCUGUAACCUUGCCCAAACUCAAAGAAGUCUAUGAAAAAGGUACCAGGGGCAUCUCAUGGGGCCCCCUACUGACCCCGGGCCCUCGGGCAGUGCCCGAGUUUCCAAAUGGUCUUUCCGCACCUGCU